CCUUGGAGACUGACACUUUCCCCCCUAAAGGCAUAGACAACAAAAGGAAUUGUUUUUAGAGCAAAACAAGAGUUCUUAAACUACAAAGAUGUUUGCCAGAAUGUCUGAUCUCCAUGUUCUGCUGUUAAUGUUUCUGGCGGGAAAGACAGCCUUCGGGUUCUCCCUCCUGUCUUUACUCACCAACCUGGACCCAGAUUGGACUCUCGAUCACUAUGAGUACAGCCAAGAGUAUUAUGACCAGGAAGAGAACGCCAGCAGUGCUCUUGCCCAUCCCGAGAACCCUGACUGGUACUACGCAGAGGACGAUCCGUGCCUGUCCAACCCCUGUGCACAUGGUGGGGACUGCCUCAUCAGCGGGGCCACAUUCACCUGCAGCUGUCCAGCCCCUUUCUCUGGAAACAGGUGUCAGAAUGUGCAAAACAAAUGCAAGAACAACCCAUGUGGCCGAGGAGACUGUCUCAUUACUCGGAGUUCUCCUUACUACCGCUGUGCCUGUAAACACCCUUACAGGGGUGUAGACUGCUCCACAGUGGUUCCUGCAUGCAGGCCAAAUCCCUGUCAAAAUGGCGGCACCUGCUCCCGGCAUAGGCGGAGAUCCAAGUUCACCUGUACCUGUCCUGACCAGUUCAAGGGGAGAUUCUGUGAAAUAGGUUCUGAUGACUGCUAUGUUGGUGAUGGCUACUCUUACCGAGGGAAAGUGAGUAAGACAGUCAACCAGCACUCAUGCCUUUACUGGAACUCCCACCUCCUCUUGAAGGAGAAUUACAACACGUUUAUGGAGGAUGCUGAGGCCCAUGGGAUUGGGGAGCAUAACUUCUGCAGAAACCCAGAUGGAGACAAAAAGCCCUGGUGUUUCUUUAAAGUAAACAAUGCAAAGGUGAAAUGGGAGUACUGUGAUGUCCCCGCCUGCUCAGAACUAGAUGUUGCCAACCCAGAGGGAAGCCUCACGGAGCCGCUGACCAAACUUCCCGAGUUUGACUCAUGCGGGAGGACUGAGAUAGCAGAGAGGAAGGUCAAGAGGAUCUACGGCGGCUUUAAGAGCACAGCGGGCAAGCACCCAUGGCAGGCGUCCCUGCAGACCUCGUUGCGACUGACCAUCUCCAUGCCCCAGGGCCAUUUCUGUGGGGGGACACUGAUCCACCCCUGCUGGGUGCUGACUGCCGCCCACUGCACCGACUUAAAAGCCAAAUAUCUAAAAGUGGUGCUAGGGGACCAGGACCUGAAGAAGACAGAAUUCCACGAGCAGAGCUUUGGGGUGGAGAAGAUAUUCAAGUACAGCCACUAUGACGAAAGAGACGACAUUCCCUACAACGACAUUGCUUUGCUCAAGCUAAAGCCAGUGGAUGGUCAGUGUGCUCUGGAAUCCAAAUAUGUGAAAACUGUAUGUUUGCCUGAUGGUCCCUUUCCUCCUGGGACUGAGUGUCACAUCUCCGGCUGGGGUGUUACAGAAACAGGAGAAGGGUCCCACCAGCUCCUGGAUGCCAAAGUCAAGCUGAUCAGCAACACCGUGUGCAACUCCCGCCAACUCUAUGACCACAUGAUCGAUGACAGUAUGAUUUGUGCAGGAAACCUCCAGAAGCCUGGGCAAGACUCCUGCCAGGGUGACUCUGGAGGCCCUCUGACCUGUGAGAAGGAUGGUACCUACUACGUCUAUGGGAUCGUGAGCUGGGGCCUGGAGUGUGGGAAGAAGCCAGGAGUCUACACCCAAGUGACCAAAUUCCUGACUUGGAUCAAAGCCACCAUGGAAAGGGAGGCUAGCUUUUGAGGUGUCUUCCAAAGCUCACAGCCCAUCCUCCUUAGCACCCAGCCAAGGCAAGGCCUCACGGGCGGCCGUGGACAGCCCCGGAAGCCUCCGAGUGUCCAGGCUCUAAGCAGAGACCACUGCUGCCCAGCCUGGGGUCCCCUGGACCAGCAUGGCCACCACUGCCUCAGGCUCCCUCCUGGGAAACCCAGAAAUGAGAGAAUCAACCUGAAGUAUAUGACGUUUGCUUCCCUUCCAACAAUUGUAGCUUCUAGAAAAUCAGUGUUCAUCGACUGCC